AUGGCUAUUAAUUAUAAUUUCCAUAGGAAAUGGGUUUGUGUGAGUGUUCUUGUUAUGUGCAUUAUUCUUCAAUUGAGUGUGAUUGCUGUUGUUGGUGAUGAGAAGCUUGACAAAGAAAGGUAUGGAUAUGGAGAUGAUUGUCGGUUUAGACGUGGACCGGGCUGUAGGGGUUGGAUGGGCCGUCGUGGCCGUGGCGGCGGAAUAGGGGGAGGAGGAGGUGGAGGUCUUGGAGGUGGUGGCGGCUUUGGUGGUGGUGUUGGAGGUGGGGCAGGGAAUGGUGGUGGUCUAGGAGGUGGAGGAGGCUUUGGCGGUGGUGGUGGAGGUGGUGUUGGAGGUGGCGGAGGACAUGGUGGAGGUUUUGGUGCCGGAGGAGGUGUAGGUGGUGGAGCUGGAGGAGGCAUUGGUGGUGGAGGUGGUGCAGGAGGAGGUGGAGGUGGUGGAUUAGGUGGUGGCUCAGGACAUGGUGGAGGGUUUGGAGCAGGUGGUGGUGUUGGUGGAGGCAUAGGUGGUGGAGCAGGUGGAGGUGGAGGUGGUGGAGGAGGAGGAGGUGGUGGUGGUUUGGGUGGAGGUUCAGGACAUGGAGGAGGAUUUGGUGCUGGUGGUGGUGUAGGAGGUGGUGUUGGUGGUGGAGCAGGAGGAGGAGGAGGUGGUGGUGGUGGUGGAGGAGGAGGAGGUGGAGGACUAGGUGGAGGUUCAGGCCAUGGGGGAGGGUUUGGUGCAGGUGGUGGUGUAGGAGGCGGUGUUGGUGGGGGAAUUGGUGGUGGAGGAGGAGGUGGUAGUGGUGGAGGUGGAGGAAUAGGUGGAGGUUCAGGUCAUGGUGGUGGCUUUGGUGCCGGAGGUGGUGUUGGUGGUGGUGGAGGACUAGGUGGAGGAGGGGGAGGAGGCAGUGGCGGCGGCGGUGGAAUAGGUGCUGGUUCAGGUCAUGGUGGAGGCUUUGGUGCAGGUGGCGGUGUAGGAGGUGGAGGUGGGGCCGGUUUAGGUGGAGGUGGCGGCGGUGGCGGCGGCCGUGGUGGAGGGAUUGGUAUUGGGAUUGGGAUUGGAGUAGGAGUAGGGGUUGGAGCUGGUGCUGGUCAUGGUGUUGGUGUUGGUGGUGGUGAUGACAUUAGUUAUGCCUCACUAGGCAUGGACACUUCAGUAAUUCCCGGUGGCUUAAACUUGUUGAUGUAG